UAUACGCACCAAAUCUCUUACUCGUGAGCUCUUAGCUGAGUCUCAUAAACCUUACGAAUCCACCCGUACGAACCUACGUACGAAACCACCUUCGACCCCGAGUCGAAUACCCCUCUCAGUGCGCCGAUAUACGCACCGAAUAACCGACAAUAUGGCACCCACGGAUUAUACAGAUUUUGAUCCGAAUAGCAAGGACCGCAAGACAAUCGAACCAUGCGUAAUAACACGAACAAAGAUCUACACCGAUCUGUACGACGACGACCUAUGGUUUACCUUCAAAGAUGAUUUUGGAGACUGGACUACAGAUAACCUUUGCAAAGCGACCGUACCAGUCCUUGGAAACUACGUGACGUACUGCGAACCAAUGGUAUAUAUGUACCAAAGGGUGGACACGCAGGAAGAAAUCAACGACGCCGCAAAUGUGACAAUACAAAAUAAUGCUCAAUUCGUGCAAGAAGAUACCCCCUCUCCACCGUCAACGAACCUACACGGCAUGGUAACAAGAAUGAGAGCAUCCGCAGGUGGCCUACAAGAUAUGAUACCACACGCUGAGACGGCACCACCGACACCGACACCACCGGCGCCGCAGGCACCACUAGUACAAGUAGCGACACCUACCCAAACGGCAACAUGGCAAGGAACGGGAUAUGUGCCAGCAAUCCGCGACCAAGAAAGAAUGUAUUCGCAGGUAGGACAAUUUGCACCGUUAUAUGUCAACAGCAUCGCACAACUUCGGAAGGUGUACACUACAGAUAGCACCAAGUACGGCGAUAAUGAAGACUCAUUCGACCUAGCUCAUAAUAUCUUCUUAGACCUCUGCCGCCAGAUGGGUCUACAUACCGCAGAAGCACGGAACCAGGCAUUUUCAGUUAUGCUCAAAGGACUCGCACUCGACUAUUACUACACGUGGAAAGAUCAAUGGGAGCGCAUGGGAAUCGACCCCGCUGUGGCAGUCAAAAACCACUUCGAAAACGACGAGCACCUACGAAAAGUGCAGACUGACUGGGAUGCGAUAAAUCUUUAUACGGUAAUUGUAAAGUACCCUGAAAAAUCAACUACUGAAUGCUUAGAGAUGAUGUUUCGAGAUAUCCAAAAGCUCUACCACAAAUUGCGACCAGAACUACGAAACGAGGUUAUUUGGCACGCAAAGCUCAUUUCUGCUACUCGAACACACCCAGCAUGUCAUGCAGCAACUGGAAAUCCCGCAUCUACGAUCCCUGGUCUCAUGCAGAGCCUUCGAGGAAGUGUCAGCCAAUUUGAAGACACUAAGCGAGCAGCGCAACAGCACUUCGCAGGCACAUAUAAUACUGAUCCGUAUGACGUUCCACGAACGAACAUGACAGAACGUCGCUUCUUCAACAAUAAUCUACGAUACCAGCCUCAAAACCGCAGCCGCUUUACUCGGAAACCAUCUCGUCACUUCAGAGGUCCCAGAAACGACAAAAAGACAUGUUAUAUCUGCAAGAAACCAGGACACUUAUCAUAUAACCACUCGGACGAGGAGCGCGAGGCACACAAGCGUGAAUGGAAUAAAAACAGAUCUGGGAGUUAUCAACAAUUUAUGGCUGAAAUUGAGGGCUGGGAAUAUGACCCUGAAUCAAUUGAAGAACUAGCAUCAAGUGGCGCUUAUUUCGAGGAUGACAGCACGCACCGUCAACCAUCCGCUCGAUACCGAGAUGACGAUUUCGAAGCAUACAUCAACAAUAAGGAGAUUACUCAACCUCGAGCUGACUUUGACGAGGUAUUGGAACAAACAAGAUUUACUGACUCACGCAAGCAAGAGGUGGAUGGCCUAUUGGAGAGAGGUGUCUUCCACUUCGUGCAUGAGAAUGAAGUUCCCAAAGGUGAACGUAUUUUCAACUCACGAUUUGUGGAUGAGAUGAAGAAUUCUGGCACCGACAAGGCCUUUGAAAAAUCGCGACUUGUUGUGCAGGCUUACAAUGACGAAGGGAAGGACUUCAUAUUGACUGAAUCACCAACUAUACAACGCUGCAGUCAGCGCCUGAUUCUAUGCCUGACUGCCUGUAUGGUUACUCACUCCCUAUGGCUACGAGACGUUGUUCAAGCGUAUAUUCAUUCGCAAACAUAUCUUAACCGUGAUAUCUUCGUACGACCGCCACUAGAACUCGCCAUCCUCCUUUCACCAGGCACACUGUUAAAAGUCGUCAAGCCUCUAUAUGGGAUCCCUGAAUCAGGCAAUCAUUGGUUCAACACCUACCAUAGCCAUCAUACAGAGAAACUACAAAUAGAGACGUCAACCUACGACCCGUGUCUCCUACAUUGUAUUGACCCUAGCAAUGGCUUUGGCAUCGUUGGCAUGCAGACUGAUGAUACUCUUAUCCUCGCCGACAACGCCUUCGCUAACCGCGAAGAGAAGAAAAUUAAGGCUGCCAAGAUACAGUGCAAACCUCGCGAACGACUCUCGCCUACAAACCCACUGAAAUUCAACAGUGGCCUCAUCUCGGAGACGGCCCAGGGUAUUAUGCUUAGCCAAGAACGAACCUGCAAGCUUAUACAAAUCGUGCAAGAGCAACACGCCAAUAUGACAAGCUCCCGGGGAAAGAUCCGCAAGAACGCAUCACCAAAAGAACAAUACGUAUCUCAACGAGCGCUUGGUGCCUAUAUUGCUUCCUUAACGCAACCGGAAGCCACAUUUGAUUAUGCCUUCGCAGCACAGAGCACUAAUCCGCAGAAAGAGGAUAUCAAAUACCUCAACAAGCGCCUGCAAUGGCAAAUUGACAACCCAUACCGCGGCUUAAAGUUUGUCAAACUUAACAUCAACACCAUCAAACUAUACGCCUUUGUUGACGCGGCAUUCGCUAAUAAUAAAGACCUCUCGUCACAAAUCGGAUUCGUUAUUGUACUUGCCGACGCCUCGAACAACGCGAAUAUUGUACACUGGUCCUCGGUCAAGUGCAAGCGGAUAACACGUAGCGUACUAGCCUCAGAGCUAUACGCUAUGGUCAACGGCUUUGAUUUCGCUGCCUCUAUCAAAGCAACAGUUACGCAGAUUCUACACCUCGAGAAUCCGCUCCCGCUAGUGAUCUGCACCGAUUCAAAGAGCUUAUAUGACUGCCUUGUGAAACUUGGUACGACACAAGAAAAACGACUCAUGAUCAAUCUCAUGUGUCUCCACCAGUCAUACAAACGUCAAGAGAUUACGGAAGUCAAAUGGAUAGAUGGCAAUAGCAACCCUGCCGACGCCAUGACAAAGAACAAAGCAUGCAACGCUUUGCAGAUCCUUGUUGAUACGAAUAAGCUACAUAUCACUGUCGACGGCUGGGUAGAAAGGUCUACCACGACACCGCAAAAUCGCGCGAUCAAAGCAAAUUCGGUGGCAUUCGCAAAUCCCCAAUAA